GCGCGCGCGCGCGUGCCGCGUGCCCUCGAGCCGGAGAGUGUUGAUUGGCGUGCGGAGCGGAGCGCGCGGACGUGCGGGAUUCGGGCCCCCGAAGCGCUGGAGGUGUUUCUUUUUCUUUCUUUUUUUUUUUUUUUUUCUUUCCUUUUCCCUCUAGACUAGUCUCUCCUUCCUCUUCUUCUUCUUCCUCCUGAUUUUACCGGGAACGAGGGAGUCACACCUGCCGGGAGCAGCAGCGUCUUCGGCCCAGAGGCAAAUUAUGCCAUCAGCACCAGCGUCCCAGCCCCCGGCUCAGCGUGCCCCUCGGCCCCUGCACCGAAAGAGCUCCCCUGGCAGGCCCCGCUCCGUGCUGCAGCCCAGGCCAUGAGUGCCACUGGCCCCGCCCCCGCCGGCCCGGUUCCCGCACCCGCUCCCACCCCCACGCCUGCCAGCUCGCUCGCCCAGAGGAAGAGGCAGCAGUACGCCAAGAGCAAGAAGCAGGGCAGCUCGGCUAACAGCCGGCCUCCGCGCGCCCUCUUCUGCCUGACCCUGAACAACCCUCUCCGGAGAGCCUGCAUCAGCCUCGUCGAGUGGAAGCCAUUUGAUAUCUUCAUACUAAUAGCUAUUUUUGCCAACUGCAUGGCCCUGGCUGUUUAUAUCCCCUUUCCUGAGGACGACUCGAACUCGACGAACCAUGACUUGGAAACAGUGGAAUAUGCCUUCCUUAUCAUUUUUACAAUUGAAACAUUUUUGAAGAUUAUAGCGUAUGGAUUAGUAAUGCACCAGAAUGCAUAUGUGCGCAAUGGCUGGAACAUGCUGGAUUUUGUCAUUGUAGUCAUAGGGUUGUUUAGUGUUGUCUUGGAGUUUCUUACCAAAGACAAGGAGUCGGACACAGCAGGAAGCAACUCGGCGGCACAUGGCCACGGGGGGAAACCAGGGGGCUUUGAUGUGAAAGCGCUGCGAGCGUUCCGUGUGCUGCGCCCCCUGCGGCUCGUCUCAGGAGUUCCCAGUUUACAGGUUGUGCUCAACUCCAUCAUAAAAGCCAUGGUGCCCCUCCUCCACAUCGCCCUCCUCGUUCUCUUCGUGAUCAUCAUAUACGCCAUCAUCGGACUGGAGCUCUUCAUCGGGAAGAUGCACGCGACUUGCUUCGUUGCCGGCACAGACAUCAUUGCGGAGGAGGAACCUGCACCGUGUGCAAUCUCAGGUCAUGGGCGCCAAUGCCCCGUCAACGGUACUGUAUGCAGGGAGGGCUGGCACGGCCCCAACGGCGGCAUCACCAACUUCGACAAUUUUGCCUUCGCCAUGCUCACUGUGUUUCAGUGCAUCACCAUGGAGGGCUGGACCGACGUGCUCUACUGGAUGAACGACGCCAUGGGGCUUGAGCUGCCCUGGGUCUACUUUGUCAGUCUCGUCAUCUUUGGAUCCUUUUUCGUUCUAAAUCUCGUUCUUGGUGUGUUGAGCGGGGAGUUUUCCAAGGAGAGGGAGAAGGCGAAAGCACGCGGAGACUUUCAGAAGCUGCGGGAGAAACAGCAGCUGGAGGAGGACCUCAAAGGCUACCUGGACUGGAUCACUCAGGCGGAGGACAUCGACCCGGACAACGAGGAGGACGGCGAUGAUGAUGGCAAGCGCAACCCUAGCGUGCCGGCGAGCGAGACGGAGUCGGUGAAUACAGAGAAUGUGAACAGCGAGGACGAGAAGAUGCCGUGCUGUGCACCACUUUGUCAGAAGAUUUCAAAGUCAAAGUUCAGUCGGCGCUGGCGUCGCUGGAACAGAUUCUGUCGCAGGAAGUGCAGACUCGCGGUAAAGUCCGUCACCUUCUACUGGCUCGUCAUCAUCCUGGUCUUUCUCAACACGCUUACCAUCUCCUCGGAGCACUACAACCAGCCCCGGUGGCUCACGCAGGUGCAGGACGUGGCCAACAAGGUGCUUCUGGCUCUCUUCACGUGCGAGAUGCUCGUGAAGAUGUAUAGCCUGGGCCUGCAGGCCUACUUUGUGUCGCUCUUCAACCGCUUCGACUGCUUCGUGGUGUGCGGCGGCAUCACCGAGACCAUCCUGGUGGAGCUGGAGAUCAUGUCCCCACUGGGCAUCUCUGUGUUCCGCUGCGUACGCUUGCUGCGUAUCUUCAAAGUCACUCGUCACUGGGCGUCUCUCAGCAACUUGGUGGCAUCACUACUCAACUCCAUGAAGUCCAUCGCCUCCCUGCUGCUGCUGCUCUUCCUCUUCAUCAUCAUCUUCUCCCUGUUGGGCAUGCAGGUGUUUGGAGGCAAGUUCAACUUUGAUGAGACUCAGACCAAGAGGAGCACCUUUGAUAACUUUCCACAGGCCCUUCUCACCGUAUUCCAGAUUUUGACAGGUGAAGAUUGGAAUGCCGUCAUGUACGAUGGGAUCAUGGCUUACGGAGGUCCGUCCUCGUCCGGGAUGAUCGUCUGCAUCUAUUUCAUCAUCCUCUUCAUUUGUGGAAACUACAUUCUGUUGAACGUGUUUCUGGCCAUCGCUGUGGACAACCUAGCAGAUGCAGAGAGCCUGAACACGGUGCAGCAAGAGGAGGCCGACGAAAAGGAAAAGAAGAAGAGCGCCAGAUCCGGGGACAAAAAAGAGGAUGAGAAAGGUGACAGUGACACCAAGGUGCCAGUGGAUGAGGAGGAGCUCGAGAAAGAGUCGUACCCAGAAGCAGCAGAGGACGACGAGGACGAGCCUGACGUCCCCGCAGGACCCCGGCCCCCCAUUUCGGAGCUUGUGAAGAAGGAGAAAAUCACACCGAUCCCUGAAGGCAGCGCCUUCUUCAUCUUCAGCAACACGAACCCGGUUCGAGUGGCCUGUCACAGGCUCAUCAACCACCAUAUCUUCACGAACCUCAUCCUCGUCUUCAUCAUGCUGAGCUCCGUCUCCCUGGCUGCAGAGGACCCCAUCCGCAACUUCUCUGCGAGGAACAUCAUACUUGGUUACCUUGAUUAUGCCUUCACGGCAAUCUUUACUGUUGAGAUCCUCUUGAAGGUAAAUGCCCUCUCCGUGCCUCUGUGUGCUUGUGCCAGUGCUCGUGCAGUAACCUCGAACCGUCUCGUUGCCUUCCAGGUCCUAGGCUAUGCAGAUUAUGUCUUCACUAGUAUGUUUACGUUUGAGAUCAUUUUGAAGAUGACCACGUACGGGGCUUUCCUGCACAAAGGCGCAUUCUGUCGUAAUUAUUUCAACCUGUUGGACCUGCUGGUGGUCGGCGUGUCACUGGUGUCCUUUGGCAUUCAGUCUUCUGCCAUCUCCGUGGUGAAGAUCCUGCGAGUUCUGCGUGUGCUGCGUCCCCUGAGGGCCAUCAACCGCGCCAAGGGCCUCAAGCACGUGGUGCAGUGUGUGUUUGUGGCCAUCAGGACCAUCGGCAACAUCAUGAUCGUCACCACACUUCUGCAGUUCAUGUUUGCUUGCAUAGGAGUACAGCUCUUCAAGGGCAAGUUCUACCGCUGCUCGGAUGAGGCCAAGUCCAGUCCAGAGGAGUGCAAGGGAACCUACAUCCUGUACAAAGACGGUGACGUGAACCAGCCGGUGAUCCGCGAGAGACAGUGGCUCAACAGUGAGUUCAACUUCGACAACGUGCUCAUGGCCAUGAUGGCGCUCUUCACCGUGUCCACCUUCGAGGGCUGGCCAGCGCUGCUCUACAAGGCCAUCGAUUCCAACCGGGAGAACCUGGGCCCAAUAUAUAACUACCGUGUGGAGAUCUCCAUCUUCUUCAUCAUCUACAUCAUCAUCAUCGCCUUCUUCAUGAUGAACAUCUUUGUGGGUUUUGUCAUCGUCACUUUCCAGGAGCAGGGGGAGAAGGAGUACAAGAACUGCGAGCUGGACAAAAACCAGCGGCAGUGCGUGGAAUAUGCCCUGAAGGCACGCCCCCUGCGCAGGUACAUCCCCAAGAACCCAUAUCAGUACAAGUUCUGGUAUGUCGUGAACUCUACGGGCUUCGAGUACAUCAUGUUCGUACUCAUCAUGCUCAACACGCUGUGCCUGGCUGUACAGCACUAUGGCCAGUCGCCGCUCUUCAACUAUGUCAUGGACAUCCUCAACAUGGUCUUCACAGCUGUCUUCACCGUGGAGAUGGUCCUUAAGCUCAUCGCCUUCAAGCCCAGGCACUAUUUCACUGAUGCAUGGAACACUUUCGAUGCCUUAAUCGUGGUGGGCAGCGUCGUUGACAUUGCCAUCACCGAAGUCAAUCCCACAGAGGCUCCCCAGGUGGAUGAGUCUGGGAACACGGAGGACAGCGCCAGAAUCUCCAUCACCUUCUUCCGUCUCUUCCGAGUCAUGCGAUUGGUGAAGCUGCUCAGCAGGGGAGAAGGCAUUCGUACUCUCCUCUGGACCUUCAUCAAGUCCUUCCAGGCUCUGCCAUACGUCGCUCUCCUCAUCGCCAUGCUUUUCUUCAUCUACGCCGUCAUUGGGAUGCAGAUGUUCGGAAAGAUCGCCAUGGUUGACGGAACACACAUCAACCGGAACAACAAUUUCCAGACUUUCCCACAGGCUGUUUUGCUGCUCUUCAGGUGUGCCACAGGUGAAGCGUGGCAAGAGAUCAUGCUGGCUUGCAUGCCUGGGAAGCUGUGUGACCCCGAGUCAGACUACAACCCUGGCGAGGAGAAGAGUUGCGGCAGCGGUUUCGCCAUAGUCUAUUUCAUCACCUUCUACAUGCUGUGUGCCUUCCUGAUAAUUAACUUGUUUGUGGCUGUCAUCAUGGACAACUUUGACUAUCUGACACGUGAUUGGUCUAUUCUUGGUCCCCAUCACUUGGAUGAGUUUAAGAGGAUAUGGUCAGAGUAUGACCCAGAGGCCAAGGGCCGGAUCAAGCAUCUGGAUGUGGUGACACUGCUGCGCCGCAUACAGCCCCCGCUGGGCUUCGGUAAACUGUGUCCUCACAGAGUUGCCUGCAAGAGGCUUGUAGCGAUGAACAUGCCGCUCAACAGCGAUGGCACCGUCAUGUUCAACGCAACACUGUUUGCGUUGGUGCGCACGGCCCUCAAGAUUAAGACCGAGGGAAACCUGGAGCAGGCCAAUGAAGAGCUGCGCGCUGUCAUCAAGAAGAUAUGGAAACGUACAAGCAUGAAGCUUCUGGACCAAGUGGUUCCCCCAGCUGGCGAUGAUGAGGUGACCGUGGGGAAGUUCUAUGCCACCUUCCUGAUACAGGACUACUUUAGGAAAUUCAAGAAACGCAAAGAGGAAGGCUUGGUGGGUGUGCACGCAUCUCAGAACAACACGGCCAUCGCUCUGCAGGCUGGGCUCCGCACGCUACAUGAUAUCGGGCCAGAAAUUCGAAGAGCAAUAUCAUGUGACCUGCAAGACGAGGAGCUUAUAGACUUUAUUCCUGAGGAGGACGAGGAGUUUUACAGGCGAAAUGGUGGACUUUUUGGCAAUCACAUCAAUCAUAUCAAUGGGGAUCACAGGAGCUCCUUACAUCAGACCAAUGCUACCCAGCGCCCACUGCAGGUCCACCCACCACCACACUAUGCCUACAUGGAGCACCCUGUGGGCAGACUGGGCAGGAUGAGCCAUGCCCUCUCCCACAACCACCACCACCAUCACAACACGUACCACAAGUCACCGAAGUCCACUAACAUCAACCUCAACAAUGCCAACAUACCUAAUGGGAAGCAUCAUGGCUACUACGAGUAUGCUCCUUCAAAUGGCUACCCUGGAAGCCACAGCUCCUACUACCCAGGGGACUACGACAAGCCCAGGAACCCCCACAUCCAAAGGACACGCUACUAUGAGACCUAUAUUAGAGCCCACGCAGGGGACGACCGACGGCCAACCAUUCGCAGAGAGGAUGACAACAGCGAGGAUGACCGCUACUCUGGGGAGUACUACAGCGGAGACGAGUUCUAUGAGAAUGACAGCAUGCUGUCAGGAGACAGAGGCUACCAUCACCUUGACGGUUACUAUGACGAUGACGAGCAGCCACUCUACCGUGACUCCAGAAGGUCACCAAAAAGACGACUUCUCCCCCCCACACCACAAGCCAACAGACGGCCAUCAUUCAAUUUUGAGUGUCUGCGCAGACAGAACAGCCAGGAUGACCUCCCACGGUCCCCAGCAUUCCACCAACGCACGGCGCUGCCUUUGCAUCUGAUGCAGCACCAGGUGAUGGCUGUGGCUGGACUGGACUCCAACCGAGCCCAGAGACUCUCCCCAGCACGGUCGACACGUUCGUGGGCCACGCCUCCUGCCACUCCUCUUAGUAAGGACUGCUCGCCCUACUACACACCCCUGGUGCGGUUCGGCCGCCCGAGCCGAGGCAGCGCGAGCAGCCACCAGUCAUCCAUGCGCAAGAGUUCAUGGUACACGGACGACACGGACCACCAGCACAAGAUGUACGCACCAGUACACCUGCAGGUACCCACUGAGUACCGACCCCAGUACCACCAGAAGAGAGGCAGCGCCACAAGCCUGGUGGAGGCGGUGCUCAUAUCCGAGGGCCUGGGCAGGUAUGCAAAGGAUCCAAAGUUUGUUGCAGCGACAAAACACGAGAUAGCAGAUGCUUGCGAGAUGACCAUAGACGAGAUGGAGAGCGCGGCGAGCCACCUGCUUAACGGCAGCCUGUCGCCGGGGGGCAGUGGCGACCUCUUCCCCAUCCUGGGGCACAGGGAGUACGAGGUCCAGGACAUCUCCCCUGGGUACAGCGACGAGGAGGUGGAGCACGAGGCACCCGGGAAGUACGAGGAGGACUUGGCUGACGAAAUGAUAUGCAUUACAACGUUGUAGCGGCAGCCCAGCCGAUGACAGGAAGAGGAGAAGCGAAACACGGCACAAGCAGGCAACAUGCAUGCUGUCGCUCAGCUAUCUACAGAAGUGCCUUUUUCUGACGGAGCGCGGAAGGCACCGGAAGGUGGACGAGAGAGCAGAGGUGCUCCGGCCCCAGCCGCAUGCCUGCCCCCCGGCUGGGGGACCGUGCGUGUGGGUAGCGGUCGGUCGCACCGAAAUGCAUAUCAGGCACAGCAGCGCAGGCAUAUCCCUGACGGAGAGGCAAACACCGAACUGCUAUGUUACUUCCAAAACUGUGGCCAACAACACAAGAGACAGAAGCGCCCGAUUACACAGAUAUCACUGUGUGACGCUAGUGCUGCCGCACCACACGCUACACGGCUACGCGGCUACACGGCUACGCGGCCGCAGCCCAUGGAAGAUUCCCACUGGACAUACAGCAUUUAUGCACUAGCAGCCAGUUCUUCUGGAAUUUUACAACAGCCUGUUUAAUAUUUCCUAGUAGAUGAACUGUACAGUUACUGUAAUAUAUUACCGGAAAGACUUUGUAAAGAGAUCUUCUAUAUUUUGUAAUUAUGUACCGUACAUAAAACAGCAAUAUGGUUCCUAAUUAAUGUUAUAUUUAAAAAUAGAUUGAUGUUAUUUUAUGAUGUACUGUACAACAGUUUUGCCUUUUCUUUUUAGCUUAAAUGAACUCGAUCUGUCUGCAAGUGUUUUUUCUAGGAAGUUACGUAAAUAUGAAUAUACUUUUGCACAA